GUACGGAUUAACAGUCGUAAGAACGUCAGUGUACGAAUAACACACUUGUUGCUCCUCUAUUUAUUGCUCGGCAAUUGACCCGGCGCCGGUUAUCGUUCUAAGUAAUCUACAUAAGUGUCAGUGUUUAGGUACUUGUUAUAUAAUUGAUAAGCGUAUCAAUAAUCAAGAAAUCAUUGAUAUAAACAGCUUAAUACAUCCAGUGUUUUGAACAUGUCUCUGAAAGUGGAAAAGAUAACUUCCUCGCUGGAGUUGGGCGAGGGCCCGCACUGGGACCAGCGACAACAGGCGCUGUUCUUCGUGGACAUACUGCAGGGCUACAUACACAAGUAUGAGCUAGCUACCAAGCGACACACUAAGACUAAACUUGAUGGUCGCGUUGGGUUCAUAGUACCAGUGGAUGGUACGACCGAUCGGUUUGUGGUGGGUCUGGAGCGUACCUUCGCCGUGGUACGCUGGGACGGCGCGGAGGGCAGCCCCGCCACCGUGGUACGGGAGCUGGGGACGGUCGACGCAGAGGUGUCACCUCCCACCAGAAUCAACGACGGAAAGGCGGACCCGAGGGGGAGGAUUUUCGCAGGUACAAUGGGUCACGAGGAACCGAUCGGCAACAUAAAGCCCGGCCAGGGCUCCCUGUACCGAGUGGACGGCGGCGGGGUGUCGCGGUUGUGCGGCGGCAUCGGGGUGUCCAACGGGCUGGCGUGGGACCUGCGCCGGCGCGCCUUCUACUACACCGACACCAUGGAGCUCAACAUCCGCAGAUACGACUACGACGUGGACACGGGGGAGAUCUCAAACCCCAAGCAUAUUUUCGAUGUGAAGAAAAACAACAUCGACGCAUUCCCAGACGGUAUGACCAUAGACACGGACGGCAACCUAUGGGUCGCUCUGUUCAACGGCAACAGCGUCAUCAAAAUCGACCCCUCCACAGGGAAAGUGCUACAAAAACUCGACAUACCCGCGAAACAAGUGACCUCUGUCACGUUCGGAGGUCCGAACUAUGACAUACUGUUUGUGACGUCAGCUACCCUGGAUUACCCUGGAAUUUCGCUAGGAGCCACAUGUGGAUGCACUUUUAUGGUGACCGGGUUGGGCGUUAAGGGGUUACCGAACGAUAAUUUUAAGCUCUUAUAAUAAAUAAAUGUUGGGAAGCUAUAAGCUAGAGAAGCUAUACCUGUUUUAUUUUAUGUUAUGUUUAAGGUAUAGGAAAUAUUAAACAAGUAACCGUACGUAGUACGGACGACGUAAAAGCAAUAAGGCACAAAGUUCAUUUAUUUCGCCUGUAUCUUAAACUAAAAGUUUAAAAUGUAUUUGUCGCGUAGAAAAUAUUCUUGGCUUUUGCCAAAUGCCAAUUUCAAAGCUAAGAGCUCCCGCUGACUUACAACUUUUAGUUGGCCGACUAAAUCAGCCGAGUGUAAAACCGGUAAAGCGUUGUACGGCACCGCUCAUACACUCGGCCGAUAUAGUCGGCCAACUAAAAGUUGUAAGUCAGCGGGGGCCCUAAGAGAAAUUUCAGGUCUUAUAAUAAUAAUAAUAAUAAUAAUAAUUUAUUUAUUCAUCAGAAAGCAGGUUUACAAAGAUUACUUAAAUAUAAUAAGACCCUGAUACUCUCUACCAUAAUAAUUUGGUGUAUGAAAAAUUUAAAUAGACUAUGUAUAAUCCUAAUUUAAAAGGAAACAAAUAAAAAAAGAAAACAUAUGUAAUAGCUUAUACAAUUUAACAUUUUAAGAUUCAAUGAUUAUGACAAAUGUAACUCAAAACUACUGUGACAGAUAAAAUAAAAUAAUAGUCAUAAUAUAUACUGUCAAAAUUAUUAAACCUUGUUAAAUUUAGUGCAAAGUCAAGUAAUUAUUACCAGUGAAAUGUUAAAAUGUCAAUUAAAAUUAUUACUUGACUGGCAAGUUUUUAUUUAUACUAUAAGUAGUUUAGGUGCUUAGUAUUUACCUUUUAAAAAUAUAUAUUUUUUACCUACUUACUUUUUAUACUAUCUGUACAUAAGGAAUCUUAUAAUAAGUAAUUAAAAUAAAAGUUGUUUCAAUUCCUUUGUUUAUUCUUGUGUUAUUUGAUUAUUUCUAAAAAUGUUUAAAUGCAAAUAAAGAAUAUCAUUGCCUUGACGCAGGUUUGGUAUGUGGGCAAUAAAACAAUAUUGAAAAAUG